CUGAGCUCAACCCAAUCCAUUCACUCAUUUUAUCGGCGGCGCCAAUGGCUUCCACCUCCGGCUAUGUCCUUUUCCUGCUACUGUCGCUCGCCGCCGUCGCAUGCUCUGCGGAGGUCCCGAAGCCGGCGGUGUGGCCGCUCCAAUUUCACUCCAUUCUCUACGUUAACUACAGCGGAUCGCUCUCACUCAUUGACCUCUGGUACGAUUGGCCAAACGGCCGCAACUUCAACAUCAUACAGGACCAAUUGGGCAAGAAAUUGUACGAUCUGGAGUGGAACAAUGGCACAUCGUUUUUCUACACUCUGGAUUCGAACAAGGAGUGCAGCUCCGCUCAGCUCGAAGUCGGAAUUCUUCGCCCUAACUGGCUGGACGGCGCCGAAUACCUAGGUCAGGAAUAUGUCGACGGCUUCUUGUGCAACGUUUGGACGAAAGUUGAAUUCAUUAAGUAUUAUGAGGAUGUCGUCACCAAAAGGCCUGUACAUUGGGUUUUCUACACUGGAAGAUCGAUCCACGUAAUGACGUUUGAAGUUGGCGCUGCGCUCGAAGAUCCAUAUUGGCAAGCCCCCGUGUAUUGUUUUGAUAAGAAGAGCGAUGCAAAGGCCGAUACCAAAUAUAACUCUAAAUUUGAAGAUGGUUUCAUGGAACCUCGACUAAAAGGCCUACUCGGAGGGCCAAUGCUGCUGUGACCUAACACUGCUCGACUAGCCUAUGGAAUUCAAUAAGUUCCCCGACUUUUCUGAAUCACGGAUAGUCUGUCGUGCCGUUAUGAAUAAUCAUGUAUGUAUGUACUUAAGAUCUUAAUCUCACAUUUCUGAUUUGUUCGUUCUCGAGCAGGUAAUGUCGUAUUUCUGAAUGAAAGAAGCUACGAACUAAUGGAUACGAAUCAUCUAAAGCCCGGCUCUUGUGAAAGAACCGCGAGGUAAAAGAAAAUCUUCGAAUUCGAUCUUUUUAGGAAUAAUUACUAAUUGCAUUUUGCAUCUUUUUAGAUCAUUUAUCGGGCGUAUCUUAGAGACCAUCACUUAUUUGUUUACUUGUAAGAUUUUAGCCCCGAUUUUACUAUUUCAAUUUUCUUUUCCCUCAAAAAAUAUCAAAUCACACACUCAAUUCUUAUUUA